AUGAUACUUAGUAUGGCUAAAGCAGUGAACGAUGCUGCAUUUGUUUGCUGUUUUAUGACACAAGAGUAUGAGGAUUCUGUGAACUGCAAGCUUGAAUUACAACAUGCACAAAAACUUCACAAACCGAUUAUCCCAUGUAUGGUUAGCAAUAGAAAAGUAUGGAAACCAUCACCAUCGAAAUGGUUAGACUUGAUUACUGGCUCUAUACUAACGGUAGACUUCUCUAACAUUUCUGAAGAAAAUAUCAAUACGAAAGUAAGAGAACUUAUUGAUAGAAUAAAAAAACAAUCUUCAGCUCCUCCAGCAGAAUCAAACGCAACAUUCGUAAAAUUGUUGAAAUCAGUGAGACAAAAAUAUCUAGAACAAAAUCGAAUUAAACGUAUUGUGAACGAAGAAAUAUUUUUCCCACUCGAGCAGAGCUACAUUAAUUUGGCAAUGGUAGAAGCUAAAGAGCAGCAAGAAAAAGAAAAGAACUUAAAACAGCAACGUCAAAACAAGCAAGAACAAGAAAAUGAGCAGAAUUCUACUUCAAAAUACAACCUUGAUAAGAUUCUCGGCACAUAUGAAGAAAUUCAUGGCGUGAAGAUUUCAAUCCAUGUGGAAGACAUUUUCCAGAAAUGCAAUAAUGAAAUAAAAAAAGUACUUGUACUUGGAAGAGCUGGAAUUGGAAAAUCGACAUUCUGUCUAUACGUUACUUAUCUAUGGGCGAAAAGUCAACUUUGGUCCGAAUAUGAUCUAGUGAUUUUGAUUCACUUACGACGAUUAGCAGAUACCAACUACCCGUUGAAUAAGAGAUAUACACCAGUUGAUCUUGCUGAAAUGGAAUAUUUUCAACAAGAUCCAUUGUCAGAGGAUGCUAGACGACUUUUCAAACAACAGUACGAUAAAAGAAAAUUUCUAUGGAUAUUAGACGGUUACGAUGAAUUUUCACAAAGUAUUCCAGAGCAACUAAAACGUGUGUUCGACAAUAUACGUGAGACACAACAUCAUAUAUUAACAUCUCGUCCUUACGCUAUUGAUUUAUCAUAUGAUGUGAAAAUGGAAAUAAUAGGAUUCACAAAUGACAAUAUUCCCAAGUAUAUCGAGCAGUUCUUCGGUCAAAUUAAAGAUGACGCGUCACAUUCUUCAUCAAAAAAGCUCAAACUUUUAAACUUUCUGAGGUCAAAUCCUAGCAUUUGGGGCGUUGCUCAUAUUCCUGUCAAUCUAGAAUUGAUAUGUAGUCUUUGGAGCAAUAACGACUGGAUAGAAACAGAUACUUUGACAAUUACAGCACUCUAUGAUGAAAUAAUAGAAUGGCUAUGUCGAAGGCAUUUAACAAGGCAACAUAUUAACCAUACAGCGAUGACAAAGUUAGUGGUUUAUAAACAGUGUUAUAAUGAGUUGAGAUUUUUAGAACACUUAGCUUUCAAAGCAAUGGAGAACAACAACAUAAUGUUACCACCAAAGCUGCUUAUGCAGACAGAAGCUGAAACUGAAUGCUACUUAUCCGAACAUCCACAGCUUUUAAACAUGGGCAUUUUCAAAUCCUACGAUGAUAGCCCUAUUCCGAACCAGAAUGAAACAAAAAAGCAGCACUACUUUGUUCAUCUCAGUUUUCAAGAACACUUUGCAGCACGCCACUUACUUAGGCUUCUCAACAGCCCGGAUAAACACGAAGCAAUUAAUUACAUCAACAAUAAUAAGUAUCAACAACGUUUCCGCCUAGUAUUUGUUUUUGCAGCGGGUCUAAUUGCCACAUCACACUAUAAAUCAUGUAAAAAUCUAUUCUGGACAACCAUCCAGGGCGAGCCCUUGGAUCUGGUCGGCAUAGCGCAUGUCAAACUUAUCAUUGAAUGCCUUAAUGAAGGCAUAUCACAAACAGUCGAUACAGAACGUGCAGCCUUCUUGAAAUUUAUAUCGCAGUGGUUGAAUAUAUGCAUCACCGUCAAGAAAUUAGGCGUCACAGAUAAUUUACUGGAGUCCUUCCAACGUGCUGACUCAUUAGUAAAUGCAUCUCUUAUCCAAAACAAACUCAUCCAACUAUUGCAAACUCAAGACAUACCAGCGAGACGGAUAGUCAUUCAAUUUAUACUAAAGUUAGAAAUAUCGAACCCCAUUCCAAAAUUGAUUUCCGCAAUUUUGAAAGCACUUGUAGAUGAAGACAAAUAUGUGAGAGGCAGCGCGUGUGAAGUUUUUGUGAGAAUGAGUGAAAAGGCAGCGACAGAUGAAGUGGUUCAUGGUCUUUUGAAUGCACUUCGUGACAAAGAUGACAAUGUGACAAAGCAGGCCAUUAACGCACUUGUAAAGAUGGCUGAUCAGAUACCAACGAAGGUGGCCAUUGAUGGUCUCUGCAAUGCACUUUACGAUGAAGACUCGAAUGUCAGAUGCCGUGCAUGUGAAGUUAUUGGGAAAAUGGGUGGAAAGGCAGCGACGAAUCAGGUGUUCAAUGCUCUUCUCAAUGCACUGCAAGCUGAACAGUCGUCUGUGAGAUGCAACGCAUGUGAGGCCCUUGGAAAAAUGGGUGGAAAGGCAGCGACAAAUGAGAUCAUUGAUGGUCUUCGGAAGGCACUGCAUGAUGAAGUCUCAUAUGUGAGAUCCAACGCGUGUGAGGCCCUUGGAAAAAUUGGUGGAAAGGCAGCGACAAAUGAGAUCAUUGAUGGUCUUCGGAAGGCACUGCAUCAUGAAGACUCAUAUGUGAGACGCAUCGCGUGUCAGGCCCUUGGAAAAAUGGGUGGAAAGGCAGCGACAGAUCACGUGAUAAACAGUCUCCGGAAGAUAUUUCAUGACGAAGACUCAUAUGUGAGACGUUGUGUGCGUGACACACUAGCAAAUUUGGGUAAAGAGGCAGUGACGAAUGAAAUGAUCCAUGAAAUCCUAAAUGCACUGAAAGAUGAUGACCGAGAUGUGAGACGUCGCGCGUGUCAGACCCUUUAUAAUAUGGAUGUAGAAGCAGUGACGAAAGAAGUGAUCGGUGGUCUCCUCCAUGCAUAUCUCGAUGAAGACUCGUAUGUGACAGACCUUGCCCGUAAGACCAUCCUGAAGAUGACUAAACAUGAAACGACGAAUCAAGUGAUCGAAGGUCUCUGGGAUGCAGUUCGAGAUGAUGACUACUCUGUGGGUAAUAUUGCGCAUGAGGUCCUUGUGAAGAUGUGUAAAAAGGGCGCGACAAAUGAGUUCAUCUUUGUUCUCCUGGAUGCAAUUCACGAUGACGAAUCGUGGGUGAGAGUGACCGCGUGUAAUGCCCUUUCGAGCAUCGAGGAAAUGUCAGCGACAAAUGACCUAAUCGAUGGCCUUCUGGAUGCACUUCACAAUAAAGACUCACAUGUGAGAAGUAGCAUUUGUUACGUCCUCGGAAACAUUGGUGAAAGGGCAGCGACGAGUGAGGUGAUCGAUGGUCUGCUGAAUGCAGUUCACGAUAUAAAUUCAUAUGUGAGACGUUCUGCCUGUGAAGCUCUAGCGAAGAUGGGCGAAAAAGCAGCGACAGAUCACGUAAUCAAUACUCUCAUGGAUGCAAUUCACGAUGAAGAUUCAGGUGUAAGGCGUUCUGCAUGUGAAGCUCUAGAGAAGAUGCAAGAAAAGGGAGCGACGAGUGUGAGUACUGUUAGUCUUCUAGAUGCGCUUCAAGGUAAAGACUCAGAUGUCAGACGGCUUGCGUGUGUGAUCCUUGGGAAUAUGGGUACAAAGGCAGCGACGAAGGAAGUGAUCGGUGGCCUCCAGCAUGCAUUUCUAGAUGAAUACUCAUGUGUGAAAAGUUAUGCAUGUGAGGCCGUAGGAAAAAUGGGUGAAAAAGCAGCGACCAAUGAUGUGAUCAUUUGUCUUCUGAAUGCACUUCAAGAUAAAGAGUCAUUUGUGAGACGCAGCGCGUGUAACGCUCUUGGAAAUAUGGAUGUAAAGGCACAAACGAGUGACGUGAUCAUUUGUCUUUUGAAGACGCUUGGAGAUGAAGACGUCUUUGUGAGAAGUGAUGCAUGUGAGGCGCUUGUGAAAAUCGAUGGAAAAGUAGUGACGAAUGAGCUAAUCAAUGGUCUCAUGAAUGCACUUCGAGAUGAACAGCCAUUUGUGAGAAGUGGUGCAUGUAAGACCCUUGCCAAGAUCGGUGCAAAGGCAACGUCGAAUACGCUGAUUGAAAGUCUCCUGAAUGCGAUUCAAGAUGAAGACUUGAGUGUCAGAUGCUGUGCAAUUGAAGCCAUUGGGAAUAUGGGCGACGAGUCAGCGACGAGUGAGGUGAUCGAUGCUCUCCUGAAUGCACUUCAUGAUAAAAAGUCAGAUAUCAGAUGGCGUGUGUGUGAAGCGAUUGGAAAUAUGGGCCAGAAGGUAGCGACGGAACACGAGAUCAAUGGUCUACUAAAUGCACUUCACGACGAAGACUCAUAUGUGAGACGCUGUGCGUGUGAGGCUCUUGGGAAGAUGGGUGAAAAGGUAACAACAAGUCAAGUGAUAGAUGGUUUUCUGAAUGCAGUUAGAGAUGAAAACUAUUCUGUAAGUACGGGCGCGUUGGAAGCUAUUGUGAAAAUUGGUGAAAAAACAGCAACAAAUCAAGUGAUUGAUGGUCUACUGGUAACACUUCGAUAUGAAAACUCAGAUGUGAGACGCCGUGUGUGUGGUGCGCUUGGUAGAAUCGGUGAAAAAGUGGCGACUGCCCAAAUUGCCAAUGGUCUCAUAAAUGCACUUAAUGAUAAGGACUCAUAUGUACGCGAUGAUGCGUGUGAUGCUUUUGUGAAGAUUGCUAAAAACACAUCGAGCAAUGUGGUGAUCGAUAUUCUUCUGAAGACACUUUGUAGUGAAAAUUCACAUGACAAAUGGGGUGCACGUAAAGCUCUCGAGAAGAUUGUGGAACAGACACGGGCGAGUAAUGUCAUCAUAACGCUGGUGAACGCAGAUAUUUAUUAUACAGAUUAUAUGUACAAGAGCUUGGUAGUUGUUGUGUUGAAAAGAGCGUUAGUUUCCUUUGAUGUACUGAAAGAGUUAGACUCAAAUAUUCUAUCGAAACUACUCUCAUAUUUUCAAGAGAUUGACGAGAUCUGGGCGAAUCCUAUUCCUUCCGACCAAUUUAUUAAGGUAUGGUUGCAUACAAGAAACGAUGCAUGGAUUCCAUUGAUUGUAUUUGCUGCCUUGCGGCAAGGCGUGGCUUUAACUGUCAUAGAAAACAGUAUCUUAAUAUAUGAUCAUAACGAUGUAUUUAUGUUAGAUAUAUCGCCCACUGAAAUGUUGAAAACUUUGAUAGAUGCUUUCAAUUGUCAAAAAAGAGACUUGCAAUGUAGCCCUGAUUCCAUGAUUAGAAGUGGAACUAUAACGGUGCACUCAUUACCCUUAAGCAAAAUUACAUAA